UCCCGGCUUAGCUCAGCUCAGUUCAGUUCACCAGCGCAGCCACAGGCUCACCAGCCCAAGUUUACGCACAGGGAUGCGGGCGCGUGGAGCCGCCUGAAAAUGGCUCACUUUAGGAUUUACUCUUUCCUUGCUUCUUUUCACAUUUUAGUGUUGUGUCAAGCCUUGAGGAAUUAUCCGGAUAAUGAAGUUACUCUGCUCGACUCUAUGUCCGCCCCAGGUGAUCUGGGUUGGGAAGCGUAUCCAUCAGAGGGGUGGGAGGAGAUCAGUGUUAUGGACGAGAGGAACAUACCUAUGAGGACGUACCAGGUGUGCAAUGUAAUGGAAGCCAAUCAGAACAACUGGUUGCGCACGGGACUGAUCCAGCGAGAGGGCGCUCAACGUGUCUAUGUGGAGAUCAAAUUCACUCUGCGUGACUGCAACAGCCUGCCGGGCGUCCCUGGAACCUGUAAGGAGACGUUUAACGUGUACUACCAUGAAUCCAACAAUGCAGUCGCAGCGCCUUUGCGCCACAUUCGCGAGAGCCAAUAUGUGAAGAUCGACACUAUAGCGGCCGACGAGAGCUUCACACAGACGGACGUCGGAGAUCGUGUCAUGAAGCUGAAUACGGAAGUGCGAGACAUCAGUGGUCUCAGUAAGAGAGGCUUGUACCUGGCGUUUCAGGACCUAGGUGCUUGCAUUGCUUUGGUGUCGGUGAGAGUGUUUUAUAAGCGAUGUCCGCUGGCGGUGCUCAAUCUGGCCAGGUUCCCGGACACGGUAACGGGUGGCGAUUCAGCGCUGGUGGAAGUGCGUGGCACUUGUGUGGAGGAUGCGGAAGAGCUGGAGGGACCACGGAUGUUUUGCAGUGCUGACGGAGGUUGGCUGGUGCCCAUCGGCCGCUGUGUGUGCCGGCCAGGCUUCGAGGAGGUGGAUGGACACUGCCAACCAUGUCGGUCAGGCUUUUACAAGGCCUCUGCCAUGGAUGCGUACUGCGUGAAGUGUCCUCCACACAGCUACUCCCACCAGGACAAAGCCUCCGAGUGUGUGUGUGAGAGAGGCUUUUACAGGGCAGAAUCUGACCCUCGCUCCAUGGCGUGCACAAGACCCCCCUCGGCACCCGGCAACCCUAUUUCAAUGGUGAACGAGACUGCAGUCACUCUAGAAUGGAGUCCUCCUCGUGACAGUGGUGGACGUGGAGAUGUUACCUAUAGUGUCCACUGCAGGAAGUGUUCGGGAGAUACAGGGGCUGCAGGGGACAGUGAGAAGUGUGUUCCCUGCGGCAGUGGUCCACAUUUCAACCCCAGGCAGUUUGGCUUGACGCACCCCAGGGUUCUGGUCACAGAACUGCAGCCUCACACCAAUUAUACCUUCAGCAUAGAAGCCCUGAACGGAGUGUCAGAUCUCAGCCCCAGUCCACGUCAACUAGUGUCCGUCAACGUCACCACCAGUCAGACAGUGAGCGUCAUCUUAAAGGAAAGGAAGGGCACUGACAGUGUAACGCUGGCAUGGCAGGGUCCAGAACCUGCCGACGGGACCGUGGUGGAAUAUGAAGUCACCUAUUAUGAAAAGAACCAGCAUGAUCAGAACUACACUGUCCUGAAGACCAAAUCCAACAGCAUGACGGUGGACGGACUCAAGCCGGGAACCACAUACAUCUUCCGGGUUCGAGUCCGUACGGAUGGUGGCUAUGGGAACUACAGGGGAGAGAUUGAGUUGGAGACAAGCCAUGAAGAUAUGCUGGCGGUUGGAGAUCCCAACCAGCAAACCAUACUGGCCAUCUCGGUGGCUGGAGGUGCUGUGCUUCUGGUCUUGCUGGUGGCCUGUUUUGUUGUGAGCGGACGGCGCUGUGGAUAUAUUAAAGCAAAGCAGGACCCAGAGGAAGAGAAAAUGCAGUUUCAGCAUGGACGAGUCAAACUUCCCGAAACCCGCACUUACAUUCACCCGCACACAUACGAGGACCCAAACCAGGCGGUGCGAGACUUCGCCAAAGAAAUCGAAGUUUCCAACAUCCGGAUUGAGAGAGUUAUUGGGGCUGGUGAGUUUGGAGAGGUUUGCAGUGGGCGUCUGAGGCUACCCAGUAAAAGGGAGAUCCAGGUGGCCAUCAAGAGUCUGAAAGCCGGAUACUCGGAGCAGCAGAGACGUGACUUUCUGAGUGAGGCCAGCAUCAUGGGCCAGUUUGACCAUCCCAACAUCAUUCGACUGGAGGGAGUCGUCACCAGAUGUAAGCCUGUGAUGAUAGUGACAGAGUACAUGGAAAAUGGAUCUCUGGACACUUUUUUGAAGAAACACGACGGGCAGUACACGGUGAUCCAGCUGGUGGGAAUGAUGCGUGGGAUAGCCGCAGGGAUGCAGUACCUCUCAGAGAUGAACUACGUGCACCGGGAUUUGGCGGCACGGAACAUUCUGGUGAACGGAAACCUGGUGUGUAAAGUGUCUGACUUCGGGCUGUCACGUGUGCUGGAGGACGAUCCAGAGGCGGCGUAUACUACACGGGGGGGUAAGAUUCCCAUUCGAUGGACUGCCAGUGAGGCCAUCACCUACAGGAAGUUCACAUCAGCCAGUGACGUGUGGAGUUACGGCAUUGUCAUGUGGGAGGUGUUAUCCUAUGGGGAACGACCGUACUGGGAAAUGUCCAAUCAGGACGUGAUAAAAGCAAUAGAUGAAGGCUACAGGCUACCGGCUCCAAUGGACUGUCCGGUGGUGCUUCACCAGCUCAUGCUAGACUGCUGGGAAAAGAACCGCAGCGAUCGGCCCAAAUUCGGGCAGAUUGUCAACACCCUGGACAGGCUGGUCCGGAACCCAAGCAGCCUGAAACAGCUGGCCAACUCUGCAGUCUGGGAGGACCCAGUAACUCCUGACACAGGGGUCAACACAGUGGAAGACUGGCUGGACUUGAUUAAAAUGGGUCAAUAUAAGGAACAAUUCUGUAGUGCCGGCUACGUCACCCUGGACUCGGUUCUGUAUGUCAGUUCCAGUGAACUGGAUAAGAUGGGCGUAGCAUUGGCAGGCCAUCAGAAAAAGAUCCUAUCUAGUAUCCAGUGUCUUCAGGCACAGCAUGGGACUCAAGUUCAGCACUGAAGUUACUCAGCCCUACAGGAGAAUGGGCGGGUACCUUCCCUUUUGUGAUCAGCAUCUAGAAAUCUUCUAAGGCAGAUGAUCACUCUGGAUGUUUAAAGAC